AUGUCUAAGAUACUGAUCAACAAGAGCUUUAGAUGCUACACUGUUACUCCGCUAUCCAUCGAACCGAACAAAAUAAUUGAUGAGUUGUGCAGUGAGUUUUCGCCAACAUCAACACGUCUUCUAACCAGAUUAGCGGAGGCCAUUAUUGAAAGUGGACUAUACAUGGGUACCCGAACAACAAGUGGAUCUGGACUUAUACCAGCCCAUUCGAAACUUUACGAAGGCGGGAGGAGCACUGCCGAUCCACCAAACUUAGCUACUGUUAGAAGUAUGCUUGAAGUCAAGGUGAAAAUUGACGAGUUCCAGGAGAGUGUUGAAGUUAAUGAUGGUGAGUUAAGGACAGGGCACUAUCGGUUCCAUCUACCCUUAAUACUUCGUCCACAGAUAGCUGUGCUAGUGCAGAGCAGGGAGAAGCUGAUGUUUAUGUUUCAUGGGCAUCCUAUAUUUAUACCGGUUUUUCUGAAAUGCAUGCAAGACAUGGAUUGUGCAACCAGUAAGAUUGAAAUAACGGGUGAACAGAUAUAUAGAGCUCUUGACUGGUCUCUGGAGGCGGACCAGGUUGAUUCUAUUGGAGAUGUGAAACUCGGGUAUGCUACCGGGACCACGGGGAUGGUUUUCAAAACAAAAGAUAUUCGAAAGUUGAAAAGUGUAGAUGAAUAUAGAGAUAUUAUACAAAGAGAGACGGCGAUUGAUGUGGGGAAACUGGCCGUUUCUUCGAUGGAAUGCCAAAGUUAUUCCCUGUGGAAGGAUGGGAAGGUUCUAUUUACAGAUUCCAUGUCACAUUUAGGACAUUCUCGGAAGGAAGAAAAGGGAGACAAGAGGUUGAGCGUAUGGUACAUAAUCCGUCUAUUGACCCUGUAG